UUCGACGGUAUUUCCACCCAACAAUAAGAAUAAGGGAAAAAUCCUAAAGAAACAUUCAAUCGAUUCCUCAUCAAACAACAUUUGUUGGUUUAAAUGGGUUUUACGUUGCCGUAGUGUGCUAACUCUCUUCGCACUGUAGCGUGGAACCAAAAAACGCGCUUGUUUUCCCUAAGUUUCCCAUGUAAACAUCAACUGCGCCGUCGCAAUGCAAUUUGAACCGUCUAUAAAUGCUCUCGCGGAUCCAUCCGGACGUUCUUUUCGAUCCUUCUUUCCUCUGCUCGUGCUAUUUCGCCUUCCUUAUCCCGCAAACCGUCGUCCGCCGCCCGUCAUCGACCAUAUGGAAAGGGAGAGAAACGUGUGAAUGCGUCUCCAAUGCUCACGUCGCCGCCUACUCGAUGUUGCCAGAAGAGGCCUCCGGAGCCGGAUUUCGGCUCAACUUCUUUGCCUCAUGAGAGCUCAUAAAAAGUAAUAUGCCUCCUAGCCUAGCUGUACGAUACCCGAUGGCUGGCGACUGGCUGCUGCUGCUGCUGCUGCUACUGCUAGUGAGCUCCUAGAAUGACGAUAGCGGAAGAAGUGCUCACACACAUAUCGGCCAAGAGGGGAUAUUCUUGCCGAUGGUCCUGUGCGCGUCGCACACCAUGCAUGCCAGCAUUCCAACUGGCGAAAGGAUGAUGAUGAUGACGGUGAUGACGGUUCGACGGUGUGCACAACUACAUAGGCGCUACGUACAAGUGGAAAUUGAAUCGGUCGAAUCGAGCAUAAAAAAGAAACCCUCGAAUCGACGGCAUAUAGACUCAUCUGUGUUGUCGGCAAGUAAUCAAAGCACGAGUGAAAGAGAAGAGACCACCACUGGACUUGAACGAUUACGAUGACUACUUUAGAUGUGUUUCGUAGGAUGAUGGGAACCGACCGAACCGACCGGGAUUAUUAUUUUUGUGGAAUGGCUGCUGCUCGAUUAUGGCUCGCAUGGGGUUUUUUCGAGGCUGUGCAAGCCCGCGUACAGUCAGUCGAUUGGACUGUCUCGUAUAAAGAGAAUACUUCGCUUUGCUGGGGGUACCUUCUGCGGGUACACUAGCCCAGUAACUUCGUCUUUCCUUCGAACAACUCGUUACUACAGCAACAUUCCGUGGCAACGCGUGUUGCAAGAACAAACCGGGCAAGCGAGGGCGCCGUUCAGUUCAUUGCGUUAUAUAUUUUGGAGAGAGAUCCUUUUUCUCUUGGAGUCGGUUAAACGAAGAUACGCACCAACAGGAUGAAGAUCUCCAGGUACCCGUCAUACCGUCGGAUAUCGAGGUUAAAUAGGUUAACCACCUAAAAAUUAAAAAAACACGCAAAAUAUAAACGAGGCAACACAUAGACAUAAUUUGAGUGGUUUGUAGUAGUAAGCAUCCAUAAAAAUCCUGCCCGAAGCUUGUUGUUUCGUUCCGUCGGGGUGGCGCUACAAAGAAGAAGCUGAAUAAUGUUUUACUGCAGCCGAGAUCCUGUCAAAGCGUCCAACUGUAGUAAAAGUAGCAGCACAUCGGCAAAGUCUCAUGGACCUUAUCACCAACCAUACUCACUGCUGGACAUUACCGCCCGUAUUGUGGCCCAAAAUGAACCGUUCCAGAAGAUCGAGGAACGGUACGAUCGAAUUCCGGAACCGGUUCAAAGGCGCAUUGUGUUUUGGUCCUUUCCACGCAAUGAGAAGGAUAUCUGCAUGUACAGUUCCUUGUCAAGAGUUUCUUCCAUCAACUCGGUGGAAUCGCAAAGCCUUAGUUUCUGCACUGGAUUGAAAUUGGUUGAAACGGGCUGUGUGGAGAACGUUCUUCAGGUUGGCUUCCAUCUAAGUGGUAUCGUUUGGUCACACCCACCGAACCAAAUCGAACGCUACAACAGCGGCCAUAAUGCAGCCGGCACGUCUUCCGGAAGCCGCAAUAAUGAACUAGGGUAUCCACUGCCACCGGCGAACCAGAAUCUUUACAACAAUUACCAUCAUCAUAACCAUCAUCAGCAACAGCCACACCAUCAUCAUCAUGCACAUCAGCACCACCCUGCUCACCAUCAUCACCACCAGCAGCAACAGCACCACCAGCAUCAAAACCAUCAUGCUCCACCACUGUCACCACCACCGCCGGCACCAGCAAUGGUGCAUCAAGUGCAGCCGCAAGGUGCUGCUGCUGGUGGUGGUGGACCAGGACCGGGAGUCGGUAUUCAAGUGGCUGCUGCGGCAGCUGUGGCCGCCGCGGCAGCUGCUGCCGCGGCAGUAGGCGUCCCACCGCCACCUGGUGGGGCCCAUAUGGUAGUAGUAGCACAACAGCCAAUCGGUAUGGCGGCCGCUCAGCAGCUGCCUCCAAAUGGACAGCAGCCUUUCAACGGCGCGAAUAUGGAUCAUCGCGAUGCAUUUAAUAACAUUUCGAUUGGUGGACAGGGCGCUUCUAAUGGUACAGGAUUAGAGGAAAAUAAGAAAUUCAAAGUAUCCGUCAGUUUCGAUCGCUGCAAAAUUACAUCCGUGACGUGCAGCUGUGAUACAAAGGAUAUAUUCUGGUGCCAUCACGUGGUCGCCUUAGCAUUGUACCGAAUACGAAAUGCUGAUUCGGUGAAACUACGAGUUCCUAUAUCCGAGACCUUGCUCCAGAUGAACCGACAACAGUUGCAAAAAUUCAUCCAAUAUCUGAUCGCCGAACAUCACACAGAAGUGUUACCGACGGCUCAGCGCCUGGCGGAUGAGAUACUGCAGCAGCGCUCGGAGAUUAAUUCCAUCUGUGGUGCACCAGAUCCUACCGCUGGCGCAUCCAAGGAUGACGACCAUUCGUGGCAUCUGGAUGAAACGCAGGUAUGCGAGGCGGUCAAGACAUAUCUCGGGCAGGGUAGCUACUAUUAUAGUAGUAAACAUUUGAAUUCACUGUUCGGCAAAGUGCGAGAAAUGUUACGUGCACAAGACUCGAAUGGUGCCCGCAUGCUGACACUUAUUACGGAGCAGUUCCUAAGCGAUCCUCGACUGGUGCUAUGGAAAAACCAUGGCACACCGAUGACGGAAAAAUGUCGCCAACUGUGGGAUCAACUCGGUGCCUUGUGGGUGUGCAUAGUGUUGAAUCCGAAAUCAUCACACGCCGAGCGGAUGCACUGGAAAUCGCUGCUAGAGAAGUGGUCAAAAAGUGAUGUGUGCCCACAGGAGGACCCGGACUUGCGGACGUCUCCCUCGUCCAGCCGCGAGAGCGUACGUGAUAGAUCGAAUCGUGAAAGAGAGCGCGACCGAAAUAGAUUCUUUCGUGAGAAUAACCUACGCAAUAUGAUGUACUACAAUCACCAUCAUCAGCCACACCAACACCAACAACAGCACAAUAAUCAACCAAACGGUGGUGGUGGUGGUGGCGGCCACGACAAUACAAAUCGCAAUCAUUUCAAUCAUCGCUACGGUGCAAUGAAGCAUCGCAACGGAGAUAAUCCGAAUCGAGGUGGAAAUAAUCAACAUAACGACCAGUACGAUAGCUCCGAGACGGACUCCGAUUCCGAUGAUGAAAUGGAUGAUGCGAACGAAGAUGAGGGUGCUGGUAACAACGGGCAAGACGACGAGGAAGACGGCAAUGAGAAUGGUGAAGCGAUUAACGAUCACGACGAUGAAGACGAUCACCAUCAUGACGAUGAAGAAGCCGAAAGGCGCAGAGACCACGACAAUGGUAUGGAGGAAGAUGUAGUCGAUCAAGUGCACAAUAUUCUGCAGGAUAUUAACUUUGCUGAUGGAGCGGAGCCCGGUCCUAGUAGGAAGCAUCGUGAUGAAGAUGGAGAGGUACGAGACUUCAUGAACCUUAACCUGAUGAACGUUCCGGAGGAAGAACAUCGGUUGCCUGAAAUGAUGCCAGAAAAUGACGAUAGCUCACGAGAGUCGAUGGAUGUUGAUGGGGCUGGCAUCGGUGCCUCGUCGUCCAGCGGUGUCAGAGUGGGUAGAGUGAGUGGCACCGGCAGCAACGGUGGUGCUGGUGGUAGCUCCAAAUCUGGUGCAGGUAGUGUAGGCUUCUUUCAGAGUCCGUGCAUCUGUGGGGAGGAUAAAUGCGAAUGCAAUCGACCAGUAUUUUUGGACGAUAUAAAGCCGAAGAAAUUUUUCGAUUGUGUCGCAGCGGCAACCGCUGGUAGUGGUGUAUCCAUACCAGCCAGUGUUAGUGCGCGUAAUUUCGAUGUGAACGAGGAUGCCAACCAGGAUUGCAUUGAGCUAUCGAAGGAUAUCAAUUUGACGGUCACAAGUGGAACGUCUACGUCCGGCACAUUGAAAAUGCGUUCGAACGACGAAGCAAUAGAAACGAUUACCGGUGCUUCUUUCUCGUCCUCGUCCUCCUCCUCCUCUUCCUCCUCAUCGAAUUCGUCGAUUUUAACAAUGGUUGAUGACCACCAGAAAGAGGUAGAACUGGACUUUGAAAAACCCGGUCCCUCCGGGUUGAGUCAUCGCCGUAUCAUCCCUACAGAAGUAGAUACGAAUCCCUCUUCCGGAAUGUCUUCCAACUCAGGUUUAAAUAAUGAUGCUCCGCGCAUGACACACGAUGAAUGCGAUGAAUGUGAAGAGCAAGGUAAAGACAAAUCCGCGUGCAAAAAGUCAGAGGAAGACGACGAUGAAGCAGGACCAAGCACGAUGUCAUCGUCCAAUGUGGUUAAGAAAUCGAAGGAAUCAACAAAGGACGAUGCGGAUGACAUGGAUCUAGACCCGGAAGCUGGACCUAGCUCGAGGCGCAUUAGCACGGAAGAUGGAUCUGCUGUGGCCGGUGGUUCAGGACUGAACGGAAAUGUGUCAGUGGAAGUACGAGUAAAACCGGUCAAUGUUGGUGACGGAAACGCGGCUGGUAGCGGACGUCCAUGUAAGAGGCUGAAGCUAAACAACGGUUCAUGGGUCAGUAAAAAUGGUAACAAAACACCACGCACCAUUUUCCAUAAAGCGCUCGAUGCAGUGAACAUGUCAUGGGAAAAUGAACACCUGAAACGCAUACUAGAGUCUGACAGUUAUAAGCUUUCCAGUCGCAAUUCUGUGCAAAUUGCCGGUUCUAGUAAGGCUCCGGUAGCAAACCACCCGAGCGUUAAGUCUAACUUCAACGCUAAUGGUCAGCCAUUAUGGCACGAGAAGAUUUCUAUGACUGCAGCAAGAAUCGAUUCGUUGCGUUCGCAUGGACACAUGGAAGCCGCUCUCAGAUUGUCGGUAAGCGUUGUGCGAACGAUGCGUGAAAUUCAACGCGAGGCACAAGCGCUAUGGCUUCGCCAUAAACCAAAGUUACCUUCCUCUCAGGCAAGUUCUAGUGAACAGCCUGUUCCAGGGCCUUCUAAUUCUGGAUCGGGUUCUUCAAAUGCAGGAUCGCGCUGUAAUUGUGGGCCUCCGAAGGUUGCCCCAGCAGAAUCGACAACGUGUAGGAAAGAGUCCAACGCUACUAAACAUAUGCAUCAUUCCCUGUUACCCCCUCCGCCACCUCCGAUGCCACCGUCGGCUUCCUCUUCAAUUCAGCAACAGCAAAUUAUCCAGCAACAACAUCAGCAGCAACAUGCCAAUCAGCAUCACCAUCAGCAUUUGUUGCAGCAACAGCAGCAACAUCAACCCCAGGCAUCUACAUCCUCAGGAAUAAAGGCUGGAUGUCAGUGCCAGUCGCACCGUCAUCAGUCUCAAAGUUCUGCGCCACACUUUCCCAUUCCACCGCCUGCCUCAAUAAUGCCGGAUCUACAUGCACCCCAUGCACCCCCCGUGCCGGCAAUGAAAAAGGAUUGUUCCAAAUGUAUUCAAAUUAAAUGUUACUACGAAUCCGUUGGUUCUGGUGCAUCUUCACUCAAGCAUAAUGGUCAACCCGUGGCUGGUCCUUCGCACGCCGGUGUCAGCAGCAGUCAUCAUAGUCACCAUCCGGCUCCUCCAGUACCGCCAAUGUCUUCGGCUUCGGCUGCUGUCUCCCAGCAGCAACGUAUUCAUCGCAAUUCAAGUGGGAUGAUAUGCAGCUCGGCCAAGUGCAAUCACUUCAUUGCCGGUCCAAGUGGUACUGGUAUGAUGCAGCCGCAGCCUCCACAUGACCUGUAUCGUAAAAUACCGCAUUGCUCUACAAGCUCAUCGCAGCAACCGCAAGUGAAUCAGGCACAGCAGCCUCACUGUAGUCGUGAUUUUCGGUACAUGAAGUACCCAAAUGUUCCACCAAACCAUCAACACCAUCACCAUAACCAUCAUCAUCAACACCAUCAUCAUCAUCACUCCCACCAACAACAACAGAAUCAUCAGCAACAGCUUCAUAAUCAGCACCACGCAUCCACGGGAGCAGGAAUGAUCCUUCCAGUAGGAAUUCGCCAUCCACCUCCAGCUUGUCCAGUACCGGGCCCAUCGACAUCUCGAACGCACGGCCCUGUCGUGGUUUCCGAUCCGUCGAUGUCCGCUACAAGCACACAGUCGUCAGUCACAGUAACAACGGUCUCAUCACAAACCACCUCCGGCAGCUCAACUACUGGUGGUCCAAUUGUAACCUCUGCUUCGACAUCUGCUUCGACAUCGAAGUCUUCCUCCGCUUCUUCCUCUGCAUCAUUUCAAACGAAGUGUAACUGUCCAAUCCAUAAGGAGGAUAAUUUUCCACCACCACCGAGUCAAAGCCACUCAACAACGCAAGCACCAUGUCAUCCACCACAAGAUGCCAACGUUGGACUACCAUCCAUGAGCACAACGGUGUCAUGCUGCGUAAAACCCAUUUGUUGUUCUUUGGCGAUGGCUCAGCAUCAUGCACAACACAAACCGCAAGCACCACUACCUGGACCAUCGUACGUUCCGUCUUCAGGAAUAUCAGCGACCUGUAGCGGAUGUGCGAUGCAUGCCAGCGGGUCUCAAUCAGCAAUAUACAACAAUGGUGGACUGUACGGGAUGCCAGGACCUUCCUCUUCCUCGUCUGUUUCGUCUGCACACGGUCAACAUGCACAAUCGUUGCCUUCAAGCUCGAUGUCGAAACCCUUUGAUCGAUCGCUAAUGGGAUCGUUUAGUGGUACCGACUGCGAUAUGAUGUCCGUACAACAUCAUCAACAUAAGGACGAUUGUCCCAUGGCACUUGGGAAGCACAAAAAUUCCAUACCCGGUGUAGUUGGAGGCAACGGAUCUGGUAAUAAUAGUAAUUGUACCAACAGCUCUUUUAAUGCUCCACAAGCCGGUCCGAGUCGAUCAAGUGGUUCGAGCGGAUCUUCAAGCUCCACGAUAACGUCAUCUGCUCUUCUUGAACCUAUAAAAGUGAACCGGAAGCCAAACUGCCUUUCAAAAUGCAUCGAUUGUAGCGUGGGAUGCGAUGUAGAAUUUCCACUUGACGCUAUUGCGUGCAUUUUCGACUGUCUGACGGAGGCAUCUUUAAUACCGGAAGCAGUUACUAUGCAAAUGAAUGAAAUGAGCCGCAUGGCGUAUGAUGCCGGCAAUGGCGGUGCAGCUGGUGGUCCCGGUGGCAAUGGCGCUGGAGCUGCAGCACCGGAGGAUGUUAACAUUAUCGCUCCAAAAUAUCGCCACCUUCCCAUAACGGAUUCAGCUGACAGACACGAGACGUAUUUGACGCUCGCGUUUGAAGCGGCCAUUCUGGCGUUAAGUAAACAGCGUAUCAUGCCUCACGGAUUGUAUGCGCAACAUGUCAUCUGCAAGCAACAGGACCAAUUGAUACAACGACUGCGCAGCAUUGAUCUUGACUCGGUGCUGGUGGGCAUUUUGCGGAAACUUAGCGUGCAACUGCUGGAUGGUGGCCCAACGAGUGGUUUGGGCGAGAUGAUACAUCCCGAGUCGGUGCCGAUGCACACGUUGGCUCGUUUUCUGUUUGCCUCGUUGCUGAAUCAACAUUCGGACCUAGCGUUUGAGAUAGGACUGCGUGCAAUGCGUUUCCCUAUACUGGAGAAUAUUAACGAGGGUGCUUCAGUGAACGGUAUUGAGCUACAGCAUAACAACUUCAUGCAUUCACCUUAUCCGCGUUGGUGGACCCUAGGGCACUUGGAGACGCAACAGUGUUCACUCAGUUCGACAAUGCUGAGUGCAGCCAAGGGUGAUACGAAACGUUUGUCCGCUGUGCUACAGAAUGCUCGACGAAACAUACACAGCUCUUCACAUCUGUUUAAGCUCGCUCAAGAUGCAUUUCGCUUUGCUACGCCAGAAAAUGGCCCACGCAGUCAAACGCUGCUCGGUGUGGCAUUUGAAUUGGGACUUCAGGUAAUGCGCAUGACACUCACGUGCCUAAAUUGGCGUCGCCGUGAAAUGGUUCGCUGGUUGGUAACCUGUGCGUCUCAUGUCGGUAUUGACGCUCUUAUGUCCAUUAUGCAAAAUUGGUAUCAUCUAUUUACGCCAACGGAAGCAACAGGGCCAGUUGCCACAACUAUCAUGUCACAUUCGACGAUCAUGAGACUGAAUCUUAAUUUCCGUCAGCAGGACGAACUGUCCAACUGUGCCCGAACACUGGCAUUACAAUGUGCCACGAAGGAUCCACCGAACUGUGCCCUGAAUGCGCUGACGUUAUGCGAGAACGACGCAAUGGCCUUCGAAACAGCAUAUCAUAUAGUAAUAGAUGCUGCGACUCACAUCAUGACCUCUAGUCAACUGUUCACUAUUGCUCGAUAUAUGGAACAUCGGGGAUAUCCAGCACGUGCGUACAACUUGGCAAUGCUCGCAAUGAAAAAUGUCCAACUGGCAUAUAAUCAAGACACGCAUCCAGCUAUCAACGAUAUACAUUGGGCGUGCGCAUUAUCUCACUCGCUAGGCAAGACAGAAUUGUCCAAGAUGAUACCGUUAGUGAUAAAGAACGUGCAAUGUGCAACAGUGCUUUCGGAUAUACUAAGACGUUGCAGCGUUCCUACACCCGGGUUGCACAAUUUUGGCGCUCACGGUGCAAGAGGUAACAAUUUGAGACAAUGCAUCAAGCUGAGCUACGAUCGCGAGCCAUUAAAUCAGUUACUGGAAGCAGCUGUUUCGGCGUAUGUCAAUACUACACAUUCGAGAUUAUCCCACAUCUCGCCGCGCCAUUAUAGUGAUUUCAUAGAUUUCCUCAGCAAAGCGCGCGACACAUUCAUGCUGGCGCGUGAUGGACCGGCCCACUUUUCCCGCCUAAUUGAAAACAUUACAAUAGCUUAUAAGGGCAAGAAAAAGCUUGUUCGACAAGUUCGACAACGUUUUCAAUUUGUGUAAAACAAAACAAAAAACAAACAACUACCGGGCGUGCAUUGGCACCUUUGAUUUUUGCAUCAGGCAAACAAAUGCGACAUCAUCGUUUUGGUUCGUUUAUCCCAACUUUCAACAGUGAUUAAUAUUGUAUUAGCUAGGGUAAUGAAUUUCGAUGCAUCUUUUGUUGCAUCUUCAGCUUCGCUUCGCGUUAGCAUUCUUUAGAAGUAACAUAUUUUUCAUUAUCCAAUUUGACAGCGGUAGUCGCCGUACCGUAUCGGGGUGCGAUGGAUAUAAUGUAGAUUUCGUGUGUAAUCCAAUCUUCCUGCCCUACAUUACCUAACUAGUACUGAUUCCCUGUUAGUAGACGUUAAGAUUAGACAAUGAGACAAUGAUUGUAGCAGUAUUAUAAUGUUAAAAAUUAUCCGUUGUUUCUUUGCUCUUCUACAGCUCCAUGUUUAUCGUUUUUACUUUUUUAUAAUCUUGUGCUUAUUUUGCUUGAGUGUUAGAUUCAUUUGUUAUUUAAAGGCUUGUUUAUACUGAAAUCGUUUAAUUUCAUACAAAACGAAUACUUUUACUUUGUCAUUUUUUAACAUUCAGUAUGUUGUUUAUUUUUAUAGCGGCUUUGAGCUUUUAAAUACUUUCGCCACAACUUUCUAUUUGCUAUUUCUCUUUCUCUCUUUGUAUGCUCUCUUAUUUAUUUCCUCUAGGAUUCUCUGUCCCCUCCUGCUUAUGCCUGUUUUGUAUUAGCUCACAAUCCGGUACCAAGUGUACUCCUCCUGCUACGCUACAGUGCUUUAUGGUGAACCAUUAAAUUUUCUCAUUUUAGCCAUACAUUGAUUUUUACGCACAAAAUGAAUUCUACUUGGAAUUGAUCUCAAUUUAUUGCAUAAAACGCCACAGUCAAAGCAAUACCCCAGCGUCCGAUCAUUGUCGGUAAACCCGUUUUUGGUUGCUGAUUGGAUGUGUAUACAAAAUGAAAUGCACGGGCUUUUAGCUUGUUUUAUGAAGAAGCUACAAUUUUCCCAAACUGCUGAUACAAAGAAAUAGAUAAUUACGAUACGAACGUUCGCGGAUCUUAGUGGAUUGAGUGAUUGAAUCAAUAUAUAUGCCAAUCGAUAAGAAAUAAUGAUAGAAAGAGCGAGAGAGAAGCAGUUGAAUAGCAACUAGUGAACCGAAACAGGAUUGCCAAAUACCAAAUAAACCAUAAGACGCAAACAAUACCGCAACAUGGCAGUCGACGUGUGAUGCAACUAAAAUGCGCAGGUAUAAAGUUCUACAUUAAUACACAUUUCAAAUUAAUCACAUCAUCUUAAAACCUUAAUAGAGAAAUGUAACAAAAGAGAGAGGAGACAUCAGUUAGAAGCACACCAACACAUUCACAAACAAGUAGCGAUCUGUUAAGGUACGCAAAUUAGAUGAUUAAUCCCAAAUGUAUCGCAUUUACGUUUACGUGCCACAAACAAAAUCCCAGUAAACAACAUUGUGUAUAAAACGUAACUUUGUAUAAAACAAAUCAGGAGAGAGCGAGAGCGACGUGGUUUAAGCACGGGAAUGCAUGGGACAACAAUGAUUCAGAGAGAUUAAUGCAGUGAGAUUUUGUUAUAACUUUAGUAAUGAACGUUAAUUGUAUGCAGGGACUGUUUUCGAUAUUUUUCGUUGGGCUUUUGUACUUUGUAUUGGUUUGUAAUUUUCUAUUUUCUUAGUGUAUAUUUCACUGAAGUGAAACAUUAUCAUUAUUUUGUAUCUACCUCCUAGUGAUAUAGAAGCAUUUGUAACAAAUCUUAUUAAACUAAAUCCGUUCCGUAGUCAAACAACAACAGCAAAAAAACGAAACAAUUAUAGCAUACUAACCUAAGAAUCCUGACGAUAAAUCACGAUAAUCAAACCCUUUGCGCGGAAACAUGCAUGCAGUGCGUCCGAUUAGCUGAAAAUUUUAAUUCAACAAAUGAAAAACUAUUUCUUCAGGCAACGAUUUUUCACAUCAGACCCUUCUGAAGAGUGUUCGUCGAAGAAUUUAUUCAGGAAGACAACGUGCAAUAGGUUUGAAGGUUUGGUUUUCGGCUCGGAGCAAGUGUAACCUAGCAUCAGCCAUUUCACGACAGUUUUGUUUUUCGUGCAGUAAAAAGUAUUGUUUAAGCAACAACAGUAACAACAUUGUAUACUAAACAUGUUUUAUCAGUAUUACGCAAAGACGCCACUAGUAUAGAUAGACAAUAGAAGAAUUGGCUUAUCAGUUAACAUAAACCACAAGCAAAGUAAUUAUAACUUGUUAAACGCAAAAGUAUGGAGCUGUGACGGUGUAAUGGAUUACAAACAUUUGCAAACUGCAAACCAGAAAGACUAGAGCUGCAUUCUACACUAUACGCACGAAUAUCUUUCCAAACAUUGCUAUGCUUGCAAGCGUUUUUCUUCAAACUAGGUUUAAUGCAUCGUGUGCUGCUGCGUAUCGUUUCACCGGAACCGUGUCAACCGAGUUCCGAAAGGGUAGUGAUAUUGGAUAUCAUUACAUGCUUUCCACAACCGUGGGUUAAACAGUAACUAACUAACUAAUAGCAAUGAUGCAAUGAUGGUAAUAAUCAAGAAGUAAAAUAAUGGUAAUAUGAUAACGAUAAAUACAUCAGUAAAAGCUUGAAAUUGGCUGAACUAAAAAUAAGAAAUAUUAACUUAACGUAGCAAUAACAACGAGGCCGCCGUGUGUGUGAUGCUGUAGAGCGCGAAAGUCAAACGUAAAUAUGUGGUCUCUCUUCUGUUAUCAGACACCCAUACACCCACACACACACACACACACACACACACACACGGUAAAACUAUGCCAAUGUAGAGAAAAGAGGGAAAAUUUGCUAGACGAUAGAAGAGAAGGUGUUUGUGGCUUAAAUGUUGAGAGUGUAAGAAAAUCUCAGGACUGGUAAAACAUACUUGAAUUAACAAAUUAGGAAACUUAUGCAAACUAGUAGAAUAUGUAUUAUGGCUGCAAACAUAGAAAAUAUUCAAGCUUGUGUGUUCUUGCGCGUGUUAUACAACAGAAAGCACGUCGAACACGUAACAGCCAAAUAAGUCAAAAAACAGGAAUAAAUAAAUGAUUAAAAUAAAUGCAUACACAAA